GCAUGCUGUAACUUUUUCUGUGCCAUUAGUAUAGCCGUGGAGGCAGACAAAGUGAGCGAGAAAAUUAUGCGCGAUAACUGCAGCGUGAAUCUGGUUCCGGAUGAAAGUAGUCGUAUUUCCGGCGAAAUCUGCAACAAGAUUACCUACGCACUGCUGGUUUUUAUGCUGGCUUUUGGAUGCCUGAUGUCGCUACUUCUGGUGGUCGGUGUUGCAUUGGUAACUGCGAGUAUUGUCUCACAGCACAGUGCUGGUAGUGAUUUUCCGUUUGCAUUGUUCCACAGGAUAAAAGACUACUGAUAAAAGCAUUUCGGAUGUUUCUACUCAUAAAUAUUACGUUCCUACUGGCAUGCUGGCUCGCAAUAUUUUACUCGUUCUACGAAACACAAAGUUUUGUGCUUAUGUUUUUGUGGGGAUUUGUGCUUGUAUUAGUUAUUGUUUACUUCGGAAUGCAAAUUUGGAUAGUUUCAGGAGUCUACGAUGCCAUUUGUAAAAAAUCUUAUAAUAUACAAGAAGUGGUGAAACGUGAAAGUGCCAAUCUCAUGAAAAUGAAUCAAACUGAAAGAAAACAAAACAUUGCUAAUUUCGCAUAAUUUGCCUGCACCGACCAGCUACCAGUUAUAUAAAAGUCAAGUAGUGUACCACUACAAAAUGUAACAACCAUGUUGAAUAAGUAGAUUUAAGAAUUUAUUUUCAAGCAAGUAAUUCAUAAAAUUCAACUAAAAAAUCAAAAAGUUUGCGAGACAAUAAAAUUAAAUUUAACUAUUGAACAACUCUACAAUGGCAAAGUCAGCGCUAACUCUGUUUUUAUAAUUUAGCUAGCAAUGUCAAUUUGUGACAUAAACAAAACGAGUACAAAAACAGGAAGAACUAUCACACAUCCAAAUGCAAGUCUGUGGUCCUAAAAUGUGCACCAAGGAUUGCUAUAAGGUAUUCGGGUAUUUUCUUGGUUUUAUGUGGAUAAUCACCACAUUUUACUACACGAUGGAAACAAUUGAGCUACUGAAAUUGAUGAAUCUUCAAUGCACCCAAAUAGCACCGGAAAGCCGAGUUCAGUUUGAUAAAGAGUUAGUUGAAAAAGUCUGCGAAUUCUACGGUCAUUUAGAUGACUUCGCGCCAUAUCAUGUAAUUACGACUCUGAUCAAAAUGGUUCCGGGAAUGCUGCUAAUCGUAGGAAUUUUCAAAGAAAAUUUAACAUUGGUGAAAGUAUUUCUGAUUUACGCAGUGCUGGAGGAAAUUUUCUUUGUGACAGUUUUUUCCAAAAUAUUUACGCUAAUAGAUAGCGAAGGAAAGAGAAGCUCCUGGAUUUUCUGGAUCCUAGUGUUUUCUUGUGCUAAACUGAUUGUUGCAAUAUGGAUUUUGCUGGGCGUAUACGCAGCUCUGGAUAAUAGUAGAAGAAUAAUUCAGCGAUAUGUAUGAUCACUUUCGGACAUGUAGCGGAAACCACUUAAACCGCUGAAGCUCUAACAAUCGGUUUAAAUCUUUGGAAAGACGUUAUAAUGACAUAUUUAUUUGACAUAUUUAUAAAUACAAUUUAACAACGGAUGUGUUAACAAUAUUCCAUAACUAUUGCUUACGAAAUUGGUUAGUAUAUACACUGUUCUAUAUAGAAAGUAAUUGACCGAUUUUCUUUAUUACAAAAGUAUUAACAAGAGAAGCGCUUAUUCUCUAGGUAAUUGUAUUAACACAAGUUUUACAUCGAUUAUUAUCAAUAGUGACUUUCUCAUUUUUAAUUGCUACGAUUAUAUUCUGCUAUUCUGGU